AAAUAAAAGAUAAAAACAAUAUAAAAAAAAACACACACAAAAAUACAGCAGCGAAAGUGAUACGAUUGAGUUCGCUUAAUCGGUGGGAAGAUGGCCCAUUCUGGUGAAAUAAAUGAGGUUGUCUAUGAUCAUCGCAUACUCAAGGAUUGGUCCAACGUGAACAAUACCAACGGCACCAUGCACCUCUCCAAGGAUAUGAUCUUCAACGAUGGCCAUCGUCUGUCCAUCACAGUCUACAGCAUACUCUUUGUGAUCUCAACAAUUGGCAACAGCACAGUGCUGUAUCUGCUGACGAAGCGGCGACUGCGUGGUCCCUUGCGGAUUGAUAUCAUGCUAAUGCAUUUGGCCAUUGCCGAUCUAAUGGUGACGUUGCUGCUGAUGCCGCUGGAGAUUGCGUGGGCCUGGACAGUCCAAUGGCGCUCCACCGACCUGAUGUGCCGUCUCAUGAGCUUCUUUCGCGUGUUCGGACUGUACUUGUCCAGCUUUGUGAUGGUCUGCAUAUCGCUAGACAGAUACUAUGCCAUACUGAAGCCGCUGCAACGAUCCUACAACCGGGGACGCAUCAUGCUGGCCUGCGCCUGGAUGGGCUCUGUCAUCUGCAGCAUUCCGCAGGCCUUUCUCUUCCAUCUGGAGGAGCAUCCCGUGGUCCGGGGCUACUUUCAGUGCGUCACAUUCCACUCGUUUGUGAGCGACUUUGACAACUGGCUGUAUCAGAUAGCCACGAUGUGCGCCAUGUAUGCCUUUCCAUUGAUCGUCUUCAUCUACUGCUAUGGGGCCAUCUAUCUGGAGAUCUACCGCAAGAGCCAGCGCGUCCUCAAGGACGUGAUUGCCGAGAGGUUCCGUCGCUCCAACGAUGACGUCUUAAGUCGGGCCAAAAAGCGCACUCUCAAGAUGACCAUCUCGAUUGUGAUUGUGUUCAUCAUCUGCUGGACGCCGUACUACACCAUCUGCAUGUGGUACUCCCUGGACAAGACGUCGGUGGACAAGGUCAACUCUCUGGUGCGCAAGGCUCUCUUCAUCUUCGCCUCGACCAACUCCUGCAUGAAUCCCCUGGUCUAUGGGCUCUACAACAUUCGCGGACGCAUGAACAAUAACAACAAUGUGUCGGUAAACAACAGGCAUACAUCGCUCUCGAAUCGCCUGGACUCUUCCAAUCAACUCAUGCAGAAGCCGGCUGCGGCCAACAACAAUUCUCUGGCCAAUAGACAUGGCACUGUGAUGGCCGCUGCGGUGGCGGCCACAACGAAGUUGGCCCAUGUUGUGGGCCUCAAGAGCAACGGAUCCAAUGGCUCUGCCGUCGACACCACAGCCCUUUCCAUUGCCUCUGCUCCGCCCCUGCCGCUGCCCCAGCCCCAGCCCCUGCCGGCCACCGCACCCCUGGCCAGCGACGAUGCCGAUGGGGAUAAUGAUGAUUCCAGUGUCAGUGUUGUCACCAUCAGGUGCCAGGAGCCACCCAGGAUCUGCCACAAUUGUGGCGACUCCAUUGAACUGGUCAGUGCGGCGGAUAAGUAGACGACGAAGCCCCUCCACAUGGAUCGUUUAAGGGGUAUGGGAUGGCAUCUGCUACUGUUCGGCUUGGAACAAAGGGCUCCCAGCCAGCUUCGUAUACUCGUAGAUUCUUUUUGUAUUUGCAUUUAGCUAGCCACAAAAUUCAAAUGUUAUCGAGACAACAAAAUGCGAGUGGCCGAUCGUACAGCUUUGGUCAAGGGCCAACAAAAAAAAAAAAAACAAAUCUAAAUAUCGCAGAAAUAAAAAAUUAAGACGCUUAAGACGUAAUAUCGCGUACUAUUAGAGAUACUCUAGUUAGUUGGCUUAUUGCUUAAUUUAAAUUAAUUUAUUCAUUAAAACAAAACGACACUAAACGAAAGCCGUAAACCAAAUAAAAAUA